ACAGAUGCCUCACGUCAAGCCACACAGCCACAUGUAGGCUACAGAAAGAAAGACCAAGCAACUGCCUUCUGGACCUGUCAUUUUUACAGAGACAGACCCACGUUUAUCGGUCAGCUUUGUUGACCUGAAAUGUCCACACAGGCACUCCACAGAGAUGGCACCAAUGCCCUCCACCAACACUGGAGGUCACAACACAGAACUAACUCAGUCCAGUACUUGUACCCCUUAACAAGAACAUUUAGAAGUAAAGCAAAUUGAGUUAUCCUAAGAGCCAAAGGUUUUUUUUUUUUUAUCCAUUCAUCUUUCCGUCUGUCAGUCUGGGGAGUCCGCCCCUGUGCAUUGGCAAGCCUGGAGCCUUGGGGAAGCAACCGCAGGGUUUGAUUUGCUUUAAAGCUGGUUUGCGGAGGGCUGAACCUACUCCCCUCCCUCUCUUGCACUGAGGCUUGUCGCUUGCGUACCCUGUCAUCCAGGUUCUAAGGAGGCACGUCACAGCCUGGGUGGAGUAUAAAAACGGAUCUGCCAGCGUCCUGUCCCAUUAAUGUUUUUUGAGCACAGUAGCUGGGAUUCAGGCUGUGAUACCAAGGGCCGAAGGAUGAGAAUUUUUCAAACAGCAAGCUGCAAGUGACUCUGUGGUAGGCUUUUCUGCACUGUGGAGUGGAACCUUAUUUUCAUUUAAAGAAAGUUUAUACACAGUUUCAUCACUUGCUGACAUACAAUGAGGACAUGGACAUUGGAAUCAUUACUGCUCUGCCUAUUCCUGCCUUAUAUGAAGGGAACAGAAGUGGGGGACAGACAAGCAGGUUGCAGCACAGCCGCAAAUGACCUGGUGUACAUCAUUGAUGGCUCUUCGAGUGUGGGAGUGCCCGAUUUCGAGAAGGCCAAGCAAUGGAUCAUGGACAUCACCAGCGGUUUCGACGUGAGCUCCCUCCACACGCAGGUAGCCGUGGUGCAGUACAGUGACACGCCGCGUCUGGAGAUUUCUCUCGGACAGCAUCAGACCAGCGAGGACCUUCUCAGAGCGAUAUCUUCCAUCAGCUACCUGACUGGCAAGACUCAAACGGGCCGCGCCAUAAAGUUUGCCACUGAUCACGUCUUUUCCUCGCGUAACCGCACGCUGCCAGCCAGGAACCGCAUCGCGGUCGUGCUGACGGACGGUCGCUCGCAGGAUGACGUGGUGGACAGUGCAGUUGAGGCAAAAGCUCAAAAUAUCGUGUUGUUUGCCGUGGGCGUUGGGAACGAAAUCACCAGCUCCGAAUUGGUCUCAUUGGCCAACAAGCCUCCCUCCACCUAUGUUCUAUAUACAGAGGACUACUCCUCUAUCGGGAAUAUAAAAGAUGUGAUGGAGCAGAAACUGUGUGAAGAAUCUGUUUGUCCACUGAGAAUAUCUGAUAACCAAGAGAAAGGCUUUGACCUGCUCAGUGGAAUGCAGAUAGACAUGACUGCCAAGAAGGUCCAGGGUUCGCUCGUCACAGAGGCAGCUUACCAGCUGAGCGCUCGACUGGACAUCACCCUGAACACCAGGGUUCUCUUCCCAGAAGGCCUGCCUCCCUCUUACGUGUUUGUGGCCACGGUGCGUGUGAAGAGCCCUGCUCAUCAGAUGAAGUUUGACCUGUGGAGGAUCUUGUCACAAGAGGGCCUGAGGCAGGUGGCCGUGACCCUGAACGGAGUUGAGAAGUCAGUCACCUUUACCAGCACCAGCGUUCUCCAGAAGGAGCAGUCGGUCAUAUUCAACCACGGAAGCAUUAAGAGGCUCUUCAACACGGACUGGCAUCAGCUGAAGCUUCUGGUGAAGCCUAGGCGCGUCACUUGCUUCCUGGAUGGUGUGCAGAUCGAGGAGCAGCUCCUGGACCCGGUGGUGCCCAUCUACAUCAAUGGCCGCAUGCAGGUGGCCAAGAAAGUCAGCCUGGAGACCACCGUCCCGAUUAUUAUUCAGAAAAUGCGACUAUACUGUGAUCCUGGGCAAAGCGACAGAGAGACUGCCUGUGAAAUCUACACAGUGGAGGAUGAUCGGUGUCCCUUUGAUCGCUCCACCGCGGUGGCAAACUGUGACUGCCCCUCUGGAAAGCCUGGGCCUUCUGGUCUUCCUGGACCUAUGGGCUUUCGGGGUGAGAAGGGUCGUGAGGGUCCCCCUGGGCCUGACGGUAAGCCUGGGAAGCAAGGUGAGCGUGGAUAUCUUGGUGAGCCAGGGAAGCAGGGAGAGAAGGGUGAACCCAGCCAGCAAGGGAUGAAGGGGGAGAGAGGGAUCGGUGGGCCUAAGGGUGACACAGGAACCCCAGGGCCUCCGGGGCUACCAGGACCCACAGGGCCAGGAUAUUCACACCUAGAUUUGAAUGAGAUUGGCCUGACAGGAGUGAAGGGGAAUCUAGGGGAGACAGGGGCACAGGGUCCACCAGGAAAGCCUGGACCAGCGGGGGAACCUGGGCUACCAGGGGCCGAUGGUCUACAGGGCCCAGCUGGACUAAAGGGUGAAAAGGGAGAAGCUGGCAAUGAUGGACAGAGUGGAGUUGCAGGUAUUGGAGGCCUCCAAGGAGAGAUGGGCCCUGCUGGUCCCCACGGUGAGAAAGGCUUGCCUGGGCCUAUAGGACCUGGUGGCCCAAGAGGCCCUCUGGGGCUGCCUGGUCCAGUUGGUUCUCCUGGAGCUAGUGGUCAAGUAGGCCCAAAGGGUAGCCCAGGGCUGCGGGGUCCAGAGGGACCUGCAGGGUCCCUGGGUCCUAAAGGGCCAGACGGGGUGCCUGGGGCUGAGGGGCCACCUGGAAGCAGGGGCAUGCCAGGGUUCAAAGGUCAUAAGGGCGAGUCUGGAGAGCCUGGGCCUAAAGGCAGCCAGGGCGAGAGGGCAAGUCAUGGCCAGCCUGGGACCCCUGGCACACCUGGGGUAGCUGGGCUUCGUGGAAGUAAGGGAGAGAGAGGUGUUGCAGGAGAGUUCGGAGGCAGAGGUGCUGAUGGGAGGAAAGGGGACGUGGGCGCCUCAGGAGCCGCAGGGCCCCGGGGAUUUCUAGGCCAGGACGGACCACCAGGGCUGCCAGGUGUGCCGGGGUAUCCAGGGAAACCUGGAAAACCCCCUUCAGAAGAGCAACUGAUGAAAAUAUGUGCUGUUGUGCUGCAGAACCAGCUUCCGCAGCUCAUGCACAUGAUGGACAGAUCCCGUAGCUGCAGGCACUGUGAGACAACUCAGGGGCCUCGAGGAGAGCCAGGCCCUCCCGGCCCCAAUGGCCCCAGUGGGACCCCGGGUUACCCCGGUAGUCCUGGGACUCAGGGCUAUGCCGGAACCCCUGGGAGGAGAGGGGAGCCGGGGGUCAAAGGUGACAUAGGACCAGCAGGCAUGAAAGGCUCCAAAGGCGUUGGGGAAGUAGGGAUGCCUGGCCCACCUGGUCCUGCAGGUAUGCAAGGCCCCAGAGGCAUUGAUGGCCAGGGGUAUGGAGGACCUCCAGGGGAACCAGGGAAGCCAGGAAUACCUGGAUCCCCGGGCAAACGAGGGCCUCCGGGCGAGACGGGCGUCUGCGACCCGUCCUCCUGCUACCAGGCCUACAGGCAGGACAGCUACAGCAAAGGACCAAACUUCUGAAUGCCCCCACCUCAGUGCCCAGAACCCUGACAGGCACUAUCAGGGAGGGGCUCUGGUUUACACAGCGCUUCUAAAGUCAAGCCUCUGGUACACACAGCACACGGCCGUGACCUUACGCACGGCUUCAAAACCACCUCUGCUUUGACAUUUCCAUCUCAUCUAAGAGUCUGACGUGGUGUUUUUUUUUUUUUUUUCGUUGUCGAGUUGGCAUAUAAUGUAUGAAUCCUACCUGUUUGCCAUAGUGUAGGCUACAAUUGCAACUUCGCAAAAUGAUCGCGCUUGACACUAAAUUAUUCUAAUUUGAAGCAAUCAAAAGCUGUCAAAAUGUCCUGGGGUGCAUUAGUUCCAACCAUCCAACUUUGCGACCAAUGAUCUUUGGAACUACACUUCCGAGAAACACCAAAUCGCUGAACGCUGUGACGUGGUUAGAUAAUUACAAAAUGCACCACUGCUUAAUACUUUGACAAAGAUAUAAAUAGAUAUGAUGACUUACAGCUUCCCCACAGCAAGGCUUCCAGACGGUCACAAAACACCUCUGAAAAGGGGUGCAAAGGCAAUGUGUAGCUUAACACUAAAUGUGUCUUAAGUUUCUUCAGGAAGUGUGUUGGUUGUAGCCAGUAUUGAUGAGAUCUGUGAAAGCAUAAAUCUUUAAUAUGCCAACAUAUUUUUUCCCCAUAAUACUCUUAUCAGUGUACUACAGUAUCCUGAUAUCUCUGUUUUAUUUCUGUUGUAAUAUACAGACAAAAAUGUACUGCACUGCCUGGGUCCUGCUACCUCUAUGCUGGAUGUGAAGCAAUACAUAUUUCACCAUACAUCACAUCUGCUCAUCAAAGGACAGGGAAGACUGUGUCUGUGAAAAGGAAAUGAUGGUCUUGACCUUUUUGAAGCAAUAUUAGUCAUUCUUAUGAGUCAUUAUUUUCAGCUCCAAUCCUUGCAUUAAAGUAAUGCUAACAAUAUUCAGUGGUAUGGUGCCCUGAAGGUAUUGCAAGCAUUGAAGCCUUUUUCUUUGAGACUGAAAAUUUGUGUAAUGUCCUUAACUCUCCAAACCCUCUAGUGCCACCAAGACUUCUCCCUGAAUUUCAGUUAGUAGUUAGCGUUUGAAGUUAACUUGGUGUAUACAUAUUCUUCUACCCCUAUCUUGUUCGUUCUGGUGAUGCAUACACUGUCUAAUCAUAAACCAAAAGAACACUUUUGGUCCAUGGAGCAUACUGAAGGGACCCAUAGUAUGUUUAUGUAUUUUCCAGUUUGUUCUCUUUUUUUGUUAAUGUUGUCUUUAAUUAAUUAAAAAUAAUGUGUUGUGCUUUAAUACAGAAAAGUUCGUUCUAUCCAGAAAUGCCAUGUUCUCUCACAUAUUAAAGUUUUUGUUUUUUUAGCCUCCUCGU